UGUAAGUUCUAAUCGGGCCUUCGGAACCAUAGUUGCACAUGUUGUAGUCAAACCUUGCGUAAAUUGAUUCUUUGGUUUUCCGUUUUGCUUGAAAGGAACGUCGAAGUAGCUGUUGGUUAGUCGGUUUGUAGAUCAUAAUUCGAUGCCGAAGAACGUAACAGGCGUUGUUUUCUUUCUUUGUGAUCUAGUUGAUUCAGUUGCUUGAGGUGUUAAGAUUGUCGAGUAGCUUUUGGACUAGCUGAUUGAGACUUGCAUGUUCUAGUCAAAAUCUUCAAAUUCUUGGUGAAGAAUGUCCUCUUUGUUUCCACCAUAACACCAUCUUUUUUGCUCCAUACCUUGCUCUAUCUUUAUGCCUUUUCCGUCAUUCCACCUUCUCAAGGUCAAUAAUUGAGAAUGCAUAUUUUUCAAGGUCAAUAAUUGAUCAAUUAUUGACUUUGUGAAUGAUAUAUAUGUACUAGAAUUUGAUGACAAAUGUGAGAAAGAUGAAGAGCAAACUUUUGUUUUACCUCAUCAACAUAUUUUAUUUUAUUUUUAUGGUAAAUUAUGAAGUGUUACAUUCCUUUGAGAAGGGGAAUAUGUCAAUCAAUAGGGAAUCCAUCAUUGACUUUAGAGAAAGGGAAUAAAAAAAAAAACUAUAUGAUUGGGUCUUCAUCUGGUAACUUAAUUUAUAUAUCCAUGGUUAACUAUAAUUUCUUGGCCAUUUGCAUCUUUGCUUUUUUCGACAAGAGGAUAUCUCAGGAAGUCAGUGGGGAUGCCCUUGGUGAGGAAUUCAAGGGCUAUGUUUUCAAGAUCAUGGAAGGGUGUGACAAACAAGGUUUCCCCAUGAAGCAAGGAGUGUUAACGCCUGGCCGUGUUUGCCUGCUUUUGCAUAGAGGGACACCUUGCUUCCGUGGUUUUGGGAGGCGCAAUGGAGAACGUAGGAGAAAGUCUGUUCGUGGUUGCAUUGUUAGUCUUGACCUUUCAGUUUUGAAUUUGGAUAUUGUUACGAAAGGAGGAGGAUGUCCGCAAGUAUGUCAACACUUACCGCAGAACCUUUACUACCAAAUCGGGCAAGAAAUGCAGCAAGGCACCCAAGAUUCAGAGGCUUGUGACUCUCUUGACGCUGCAACGGAAGCUAGCCAGGAUUGCAGAGUAGAAGAGGAUUGCCAAGGCAAAGUCCGAAGCAGCCGAGUACCAGAAGCUUCUUGCUGCCAGGCUCAAGGAGCAGCGUGAGCGCAGGAGCGAGAGCUUGGCCAAGAGGAGGUCCAAGCUUUCUGCUGCAUCCAAGCCAUCCGUUGCUGCCUAAACUUUUGACAUCAAGAUUUUUGGCUACGGCUGUUUUGCAGUUCGAGAUUUUAGCUUAAUUUCUUUUGCUUUACUUUGAUGUCUUUAGUGGUGAAUCUUUCUGUACGUGGUUGCAAUUGACGCUUUUGCCUUAUGAUUGAAAGAACUGAUAAUUGAAUUGGAUAAUUCUAGCCCGAGUUUAUGUGGGCUCAGUGAAAUCGGAUAUGAUUAUUGAA